AAAGAGGCUGGGGAGCUUUCGGCUUUUCUCAAAAUGAUAAAAUCCGCGAGAGGAAAAAAAGUGAGAGAUUUAAAGGUAUUUAAAGUGCCAAUCGAAGAUAUAUUCAUCGACGAUAUAUUACCGACGUAGAUGGAUGUCGUGAUUGCGAUCGUCUAGACUUAAUCGGCUGCAAAAGAUAAUAAUGCGGCAAGAACUCUUUUAUUCAUUAAUGAUUGAUUAAUCCCAUCGAUUACUAAUUGCGAUGAAUAAUUUCGAAAAAAUACAUAUAGAAUCCCAGCUACUGGGAUCAUUGUCCUCAUAAAAGAGGAAUCAUGAGAUUGUUGGCACUCAGGAUUAAAAAAGAUCAGUUCUUUUCAAUCCGAUCUGAUUCAAUUGUCAUAUUAUUGAUUUCUUUGGUCGAAUUCACGAAGCAACUCCGAAUUGCAAAUUUAAAUGUCGACCUAUAUUUCGACUCGAUCGUCCUUGAAACUGAAGAGAUUCUUGGCACGUUAAUUAGAAGAGUUCAUGGGCAAUGAACUGAUCGCAUCAUAGCUCAUUUCGUUGACGCGCUUAUAGAUUGCGAGAAAAAGAUAUGGAAAUCACGGUUCAAUCAGUGUUACUUUUUUGAAUAAUGAUGCACCUCAAUACAUUCGAGUAUUCCAUCAUCACAUCGUUUAUCCUGUGUCGUGCGAGAUAAGGAUCGACCAUGGUAGACAAAUUGCACGAGUACGAAGGACUCAUGGGCAGAAUUCAUGGUGUUCGCGACACCAUCAAGGAACGAUGGAGUGUGUGGAAAGAUUGGAAAAAUGGUUUGAAUCUGAAUCAAGGCCUAGAUGGGCUGAGACAUCAUUUACGGGGACCGCCCAAAUUAGAGCGUACUUUGGACGAUUAUUCCCACAUUUAUAGAAAGAAGACCCGCGCCGAACUGGUAAGAGUUUCAGCAGCUGUUAUGGGGAUAGAGUUCUCAUACGCGGCGGAGACGGCUUUCGUCUCGCCGACGUUACUCAAGAUCGGCGUCGAUCACCAGCACAUGACGCUGGUGUGGGCAUUGAGUCCCCUUGUGGGCUUCUUCGUGACACCCAUUCUUGGCAGCAUGAGCGAUCGUUGUAAACUCAAAUACGGCAGGAGGCGGCCCUUCAUUCUUUUAUUGGCUCUCGGAGUUUUUAUAGGUCUCAUCUUGGUGCCAAAUGGUGAACACAUCGGCUAUGUCUUCGGCGAUACUUCGGUCCAUACGAACGAAACGAUCCCACUCGGACAUCGCACAACGGCGAAGUUACCCAAGGAGGUAAUACCCGGAUCCGUCGAAAGGGCUUCUUCGCACUCCUGGGGCAUCUUUUUCACUAUUCUCGGCACGGUGUUGCUCGAUUUCGACGCUGACGGCUGUCAAAGUCCAGCGAGGGCGUAUCUUCUCGAUGUCACUGUACCUGAGGAUCAUGCUAAAGGCCUAAGCACGUUCACCAUAAUGGCAGGAUUGGGGGGAUUCAUGGGCUACGGUUUAGGCGGCAUCAAUUGGGACGCCACGUCGCUCGGUGUUAUGCUGGGCGGACAUCUGCACGUGACCUUCACUCUCAUCACGAUCAUCUUUAUCAUCUGUGUCAUAUGUACCAUUACCAGCUUCAAAGAGAUUCCUCUUGAACUACUCGAACGAGAUCAGUGUCGAAAAAUGAGUGAGCCGAAGGCGCCAGAAGAAAACCAAGGAAUAGAGAAGAAACAAGAGGAACGUGAAAAAAUCAUCCCUGACGAGUCAAAAACAUACGGCGCCUUUGAUGUUGAGCGCGAAACAGAUCCCUCGAAAACGGAAGAAUUCGUCCUCCGUUCGCUCCAGACGCAACUUUCCGACUGUUCCGAAGAACCAAUCUCCGAAGGCAGUCACAUCAAUUACGGCUUCGAUGAUGUCGAGGGUGAAGUAAACCACACGGCAUCUUUGAAGGAGUACCUGCUGUCCAUCAUUUACAUGCCACGCAGUCUUCGCCAGGUGUGCCUGACGAAUCUAUUCUGCUGGAUGGCGCACGUCUGCUAUUCCCUAUACUUCACGGACUUCGUAGGCGAGGCAGUGUUCGGUGGGAAUCCGCGGGCACCCGUGGACACCGACGAGCGUGAGCUUUACGAGGAGGGUGUGCGAUUUGGAUGCUGGGGCAUGUCCAUGUACUCGUUGUCCUGCUCGUGCUAUUCGCUGAUCAUCGAGCGGCUGAUCAAGCGUUUCCGAGCGCGUAAAGUUUACAUGUACGGACUGCUCUUCUAUAGCGUCGGUAUGCUUCUGAUGGCUCUGACGAAGCAUCCAGCUGGCGUUAUCCUCUUCUCAUGGACCGCUGGCGUCAUGUAUUCUACAUUGUUCACCAUGCCCUAUCUACUUGUGGCGCACUACCACGCGUCUUCGACUUUCGACCUGACGACUGCGGGCGAUACAAUUUCCGGCGGUUUCGUGCGCGGCCUGGGGACCGAUGUCGCCAUCGUCUCCUCCAUGGUAUUUCUCGCACAGUUCCUGCUGUCCUGUUGCUUGGGCACGAUCGUCAGCUUCACGGGCACUACCGCAGCGGUGGUUUACGUUGCCAGUAUCCUGGCGAUGUGCGGCGCAGCUUCGGCCACGCAAAUUAUGUACCUGGAUCUGUAAAUCUUGCUCGUCAAGAUGUUAAGCCGUUAAUUAAUCGUGUUUCAAUAAUUGUUCAUAAGUCAACUUCGCAGAAGAAGGUAGAAUAAUCGUUAUAUCCGAAGAUAUAAAAUUCCGUUAGCUGCAGAUAAUGGCAAGAUAAUCAAGAUAAUAAGCCAGAUGUUAAGCUGGAUAGAUUUCAAUAUCAAGAUAAUCAUAGCCAAUUAAUCAUCACUGCAUUAAUCGUUAAUUAAUAAUUGUCAAUUUUAGUGAUUGCAUCAUCUGGUUGAUUUCGUCCGUUUCGCGUUAAGCAACUUUAAUGGAUCGUAUAUUUUGCUAGCGAAUAAACUAUCGAUUAUAACAUCGAAUAUUACAACCUGCUAAAUGUUUCAGAAAUAUUGAUUGAGUGGUUAUGUAAAUAUUUAUUUGUUCUAAACAGUUUAAAAUGAUAUAUAUUAUAUAUCUUUAUUAAUAACAAGAGAGGACGAAUGUGUAUACAAUGUGUAACAUAACAAGUAAAUCAUUGAUCAAUGUAUCAAGCUCGAACGAA